AUGCACCCACGGGCAGGCAUAUUGUCGCAAACCGAGCGCGCACUCCAUGAAGCCAACUUGAUCUUGUUCUUGGUCGAUGGGCGCGAGGGAAUCACGGAGAUUGACAAGCACUUUGCUCGGUACUUCGUCUUGCUGCAUGCGACGCCCAAUAUGCUCAAACAACAUACCCAACAUUCACGAGUGCCACACACUGGGCAUGGGUACAACAUUUCGCGUGCGCUUGUGCUCGUGGCCAACAAGUCGGACCUUGUCGAGAACGCAGCAGCCGAGAUCGAGCGCAUUCGCAAGGAGCUUGAUGGGUCGCUCGCCCAGAAGGUCCGUGGUGUGCCCGUAGUACAUAUCAGUGCACUCACGGGCGUCCGUGGUCUUCUCCCCGAAGUCAUCGAAGCCCACAACCGGUGCGACUUGCGCGUGACCACAGGUCGCCUCAACCGUGCCCCGGCCAUGGUUCGGGGUCCAGCGCCGGACGACUUGACCAUGUCGCUCCAUUUUUGUUAG